UGGGGGGAGACGGUUGUUUUGUUGGGUUUUUGGAGUGUUGUUUUCAGACGUGUUUGAUAAGGCUCUAGUAACUGUGAUUGAUCAAAUAUUUUACCAUUACUGUACACGUGUGAAGUGAAUAAUAGUGUUGUGGUCGAUUUUCCGGUUCGAGUUUAUUGCUUUUGAGCGUCGGUCUGUUCCAUCCUUCCUUUCAAGAACUCUUUCUAGCUGCGCUGAGGGAGGGGCUGAAAACACUUGUGCCAAAGUGUUGCCUGUCGGAGGAUUUCUUCCUGUCGCUUGAGCUAAACCCAGCUAUGUGCUGAUUCGCUGUGAGGAUGACUGCCUGCCACUAGCCUUUACAGAGCCCAUGGCCAAGAUGCGCUACUCUGAGAUGCCAAGAGAUGUCUCCUGUGACAGUCUUGCCACGCUACGGAUAUCAGAUAGCUGUGGAGGCGGUUCAGGGGCAAGUCUCUUCCGAGACAAAUCCCCCAUUAGUGAGGUUGGUGAGCCAUUGUCGCCAGCUCACAUCAACAGUCCUCGGACAGAUAGCACUCCAAAUGGAACAACAAAUGGGUUACUUCAAAGGAGAGAAAGUGCUCAAAAUGGCAGCAGUGCGAGUAAGCUGUCUGCCAGACACCGGCAUGGCAUUUCCAGAACCCCUUCAGCUGGACAUGCAAAAAGAUCUUUACAUUCAAACGUGUCGGAUGGCAAAGGAGCCUGUUAUGAUAACUAUGGGUCACUACAUUCGGGGACCAAUAUGUCUCCUCAAAACAAGUCUCAAAGUCUUCCUGGCCAUACAUCUGGAGCUUCAGCAUGUCGAUAUGAUAAAGUAGUGCUCGAUGCCUUAAGAGUUUCCCCAGAAGAUUUUGCAGCCCAGUUGACACUUCUUGAUCUUCCUCCAUUCCGAGGGAUCCAACCAGAUGAACUUAUUAGCUGUGGAUGGAACAAAAAGAACAAGCUCAUUAUUGCUCCUAAUGUUGUGUCAUUCACGAGAAGAUUUAACCAUGUUAGCUUUUGGACUGUACAAGAAAUUCUGAGUGGAACAACACCCAAACAACGUUCUGAAAUUUUGGUUCAUUUUAUAAGAAUAGCUAAAAAGCUCCAUGAGCUUAACAAUCUUCAUUCCCUCUUUGCUAUUAUCUCUGCUUUGCAAAGUGCAUCUGUUUACAGGCUUUCAAAAACUUGGGGUAACCUGUCUAAGAAAGAAAAGCAAUUAUUUGACAAAUUAGCAGAAUUGUUUUCUGAUAAAAAUAAUUGGCAAAAUCUCCGAGAACACAUGGAGAGCCUGAAGCUACCAUGCAUUCCAUACCUAGGUCUCUUCCUUACUGAUUUAGUAUACAUAGACAUGGCCCAUCCUCACUCUGGGGGUUUGGAGUCGGAGCAGAGAAGACAUAAAAUGAACAACAUCUUACGCAUUAUAUCUGACUACCAGCAGUCUGAUUACAGCAAUCUUAUCCUUCUACCCCAUGUACAAAAUUAUUUGCGAUCUAUUCGAUAUAUUGAAGAACUGCAGAAAUUUGUUGAAGAUGACCAAUACAAGCUCUCUUUAAAAUUGGAGCCACCUUCACCAGCUCCUUCCUCUUCGAGUUCCAAAGAGUCAGUGACAGACGCAGCUGCUACUGUUGCCUCAUUAAAUUUAUCCCCAGCCAAAGGUCCAGGCUGUGCAGGUUCACUACGCUUGCAUGCAGCAGUUAAUGCAACUGGCAAAUUUGUACCAGGACAUCGAAAAUGUCGCAGCUUGGGAACAAAAUUUCGUAGCACAAGUCUCCCUCGAAAUCUUCAUAAACAAGGGCAAGCUACUCUUCUAGCCUCAAUGGGAAUGGUGGCUCCAGGUAUUUUCCACAAAACAACACAUGCCCUGCCUUGUAUUGAUGUUGGGUUGGUGUCACAACUCCCAGCACCAGCCACACCUCGCCACUUACUUGAUGAUUCAGUUCUUGAGGAGAAUGGUUCUCCCUCACUUCUACUUGACGGAACUUCUAAGUUACCACACCCUCCAUCACCUGUCCGACGGAAAGAUGAGGAUGGUGUUAAGUUGCUCACCAUGUGUGGGUCAUCAUUGUUAGCUGAAACAGAUGAGCUUGGUGAAGAGGAGUGUUUAGUUCAAGGAUGCCUUCGCCGAAAGACAGUGCUGAAGGAUGGCCGUAAACCAGCUGUCUCUUCAUGGCAAAGAUACUGGAUUGAACUGUGGCCUUCAUCUCUUAUCUACUAUGCUCCCAAAUCAUUUAAAGGUACUGAUCGUUCAGACUUCAAACAUGAGCCAUGCAAAGUAACAUCUAUCUCAGGCAUGUGUGUGGCCCUUGGAGACAACCCUGUUCAACCAGAUGUAUUUCAACUCGCGGAUCCAGUCAGAGGAAAUGUCUACAAGUUUCGAUCUGGGACAAAAGGAUCAGCAAACAAAUGGUUUCGCCAUUUGCAUGAGUUAUCAAUUGGCUCACCAGAGAAACCUCUUCCAGCUAAUCUCAUGUCAUUCGAGUGAUGAGAUGUGAUUAACCUUGAAUUUAGCCAUAUCCACAUACAAAUCACAUUCUGUUGUUAAUUUCUGUUCUCUUGCCAAACAAAUGCCUAAAAAGUAAUGAAAUAGUGGAACAACCUGUGUUUCACUUCAUGUUCAAGUGUCACUUUUGAGUUUUUAUAUCAGAGUCUAUUUUGUUGUAAAUGUUUAUUCUCUUUUUUCUUUUUUGAAAGGCAGUUAGUAAUGUAUCUUCCUUAACACACUUCCAAAGGGAGUUCUUAUUCCCAACCUCUGGCUAUGAUGCCCACAUUCUCUCAUAUCUGGGGCAUAAGAAGCAACAGAUUUCACCCCUAGAAUCCUCUCUUUGUGAAGAGUUAUGUGAUUGUUUUGUUUUCCCCCUAGAAUAUAGAAGACUGAAAUUUGUGGUAUCAAAUAACAGUCUCUUCUUUAACUUAGCCCUUGAUAGUUAUUUGACUGUUAAAUAUCUCUCUUAUGGAUCAUGAACUGUUCAUGAAGCCUUGGGCUCUUAAGACAAAUAAUAAUCUCAUGUUUAUUUUAUAGUUAAUUAAUUUUAUAUGUUCUCUAAUUCAAGAAGAUGACAAGACUCCUUUAAAUGUUUCUUUUGUAGUUUUAUGUAGGUAAUUUAUUUCUCAUCAUCACAACUUAUUACAAACCUUGACUGAAACUGUCUAUUUACUCAUUUUAAGUACUUUGUCAAACAUUACGUUGUUUACACCAGUUUGACUGGGGAAACAGCUCUAUUUCUUUUGUGAUUUGUGGCUGGAUUUCAAAUAUGCAGUGCACAUGCAAUAAUUAUUCUUUGGAACAGGCCAUUAUGUAUUUCUGCUACAAAUGUCAAUUGGCACUAAAUUUGUGAUCUCUAUUCAUUUCAAAGGUUUGAUUUGUAUUUUUUGUCUGUCUUGUAUUUCGAGUGGAUGUUUCGCAUUUAAUUUCUGGCAGGCAGUGAGAUGAUGUCAAAUUACUGAAAUAUCUUUGUGUUUCACUAAGGUACAGAAGGCUUUGGUUGAUACAAUGUUGUGAUGUGUUUCAAGACAUAGAGGGUAACGAUAAACAUCAUUUAUUGCCAGCACAUAUAGGAUUGAAGUUCUGUGCCAGAUCUUGUUAUUUUCAAAUUGCAUUUAACAUUGGACAUCAUUUUUUAUUAUUUGUAGUUUAGUCAUGUCCAACUGAUACAAAAGCCCAGAGAAUCAAAUAUUUUCAAUUAUCUAUUAGUAUAUGGAGUGUAGAAAUCUCUUAGUUUGGCUGUGAUUCUUACAUCACAGUUAGUAUUUUGCUAACUGAACUGCUAAUUUGUGAUCAGCCAUCCAUCAUAUUGAAUGUACAAUUUGUAACUUCACAAACUGAUAUCAGUUGCUAACCAACCAUAUCAUCUUUUGAUGUAUUCUUAUUAUUCUGACUAGUUCAUUGAAACUUCUAUUUUAAAAUCCAUACCAUGGAAGAGGGCCAGUGAACCUAUCAACGUAAGAGAAAAUGCAAUGUUUUAGUUUGAGGUUGGUCAUUAAUCUGUUGCCUGACUCCUUCUUCCAAUCAAAGUAAAUAUCUGGCUUACCCUCUUCAUUCUCAAAGCAUUGUUAACUGAGAACUAUAUUUUUUGUAGGGUUAGUUGUGCUGUGCUAGUUAGAGCUUCUUGCAGAAAAAGUCAAAGAAUGCUUCUGUGAAACAUGCUUUAUUUGGCAGGUCUUUGAGCCACCUUAACCAGUUCUGAAAUAUUUCUCGAUGAAGCAUAUGUUUAAUGCCCAAUCUAGUCUUUGAGAAAGUCCUUUGAAAUCUUAUUUACUGCAUUUCCCUUGGCUUAUCUACUGCAUUUGUUGUGUUAAGUACCUGUGCAACAUAGUUUUGAAUGAAAAGUAGUCCUGUGGCAUUUGUGCAGUUGGCCAUUUCUCUACACAAUUGAGAUGACUCAAAGACUAAUGCCAAUCUUAAUUUAUGAUAUGAAAACAAAAGGAAAGAUAAUAGUGCCAAAUUUAAAUUGUAGCAUUAGAUUCAAUUAAUGGCAUUAGUUCUGCAAUAUUUUCUUUUAACCUAAGCCAUAUCAGUUCUCCUUUUAGAAUUGCAUAUCUGAUUGUGCUCAAUCUAUGUUCAUUUUGUUUCUAUUCAAUAUAACUCACUCAUUGUGAAAUAUCAGUAUUGGGAGCAAUUUUAGAUGAGAGACAAAUUACUCUAUCCUUUUCGUUGUUUGUCUAAUCCUUGACCCUGUUGUUGCUUUUAAUUUAUUUUUCUCUUGUGUGUUUGCAUUCCAUUUAUAUUUUUCUGUAUUUAUUGUGAGGAUAUUGGUGAUACAGUAGGUCACUCUUUCCAUCUUUCUCACUAUCACAUACCAUAGUAUAAUUGUGUGAUAUUCCUACCCUAAUGCUGUGAAGCAGCCCUGAUUGUUUUUCCGUCAAUUUGAAUUUUACAGUGUCCCUUUCUUUCAGUUUUACUUAAGUUAGUCAUCUUUCAUUUCCUUCUAAAUGUAGCCCACUUUUUCAUAUCCAUGUGAAAUCUUGUAUAAUUUUUGAUACCUUCUUAUUGAUUGAUUGUGGGCUUGCCUUUUUGUCAGCUGAAAAUUAGAACCUCUCAUACCAUUUGUAGAGUUGUUUAUUCUUGCCAUUUUACUGCAUGGAAAUGCUGAAAUGGCAAAAGGUGUCAAGAAACACAUUUGUUUGUUCACCAAAACAUAUUGUUAGACUUGCACGUUAAUUAUUCCUUCCUGUUCAUUAUUUGUUUUACUGUGUUGAUAUUGCUGCCUUAAUGUUUGCAGAUAAAUGACUUAAAUAAAUACUGCUUUUUUUCCAGAA